AUGACUGUGUACAGUGGUGAAGACCAGAAAUGUGAGAAAGAUGGUCGGAUUUCUGGUAGACUGAAUGAAGAGAAACCCCAAGUGUUCAUGGACAUCUCCUCUACUCGAGUGUCAGAUACCAUAGAUCCAGAGUUUCUGGUGCUCACUGCCAACACUGGAGGAGAUGAUCUGAGAUCAGAUGUAGAUCACCGAAUAUCUGUGAGAACGAAUACACAUUUUGCAGAUGACAUUAAACCAACUAAAUCAGAAGAGAUGGCAUUGAAAGGAGAAAAUCUGAUGCUGUCGUGUGACUACACUGUUUCAGCAUUUACUCUACAGUGGUAUCGCCAGUAUCCCAGAUCAGCUCCAGAGUUUCUGGUGCUCACUGCCAACACUGCAGGAGAUGAUCUGAGAUCAGAUAUCUGUAAAAUAACAAAAUUGUUCUUUCUGUUCCAUCACUUUGCAGGGGAGUCUGUUGGGAAUACAAUAACACCAUCACAUUCUUCAGUGGUCAUUAUUGAAGGAGAACAUGUCACUUUCUCCUGUAACUACAGUGGUGAUGUUCAGAGUUUGCAGUGGUAUCGGCAAUAUCCAAACUCUAUCCCUGAGUUCCUCUACUACAUUCUUGAGACUAGUUUCUCUUCAGAGAAAGUUCCCCGUCUGAUUCCCUCCAUAAACAAAGAGGGAAAGCGUGUGUUUCUGGAACUCUCCUCUACUGAGGCGUCUGACUCUGCUGUGUACUACUGCGCCCUGAGGCCCACAGUGACAGGAACUCCAACCCUGUAGUGCAAAAACCUCUCAGAUGUGGAGGGGUGGUGGGUUUCAGGGUGUGUUGCCUAGAAUCAUGUCA